AUGACCUUCCUUUCUUCAAAAAUCAAAACUAAACUAGAUACUUCUCCUUCACAACCACCUAAACAAUCACCAAGUCUAUCACAUCUCACAGCAUCUUCAACUUCACCAUCACCAUCACCCACUUCAUCUAAUUCAUCGGUAUCGUCGUUCUUCGAUUCAGCCACCGGAAGAUAUAGUGGAUUCUCUUCUGAUAGCAGAAGGGAAUCAGGCUGUAGCAAUACCAGCUGGGGAAGUAUGGGUGAUCACAUGACAUCUUCAAUGCCAUCAAAAGUUGAAGUGGACAUGAACGGAAAUCAAAUUCCAAAAGAACAAGCAAAGCCAUCAUCGCCUCCAUCUGGUCCAUCUAGAAUACCCUCUGAUAAAUCAAUAGAAUCAGUUUCUUCAAUCCAGUCUGGAUCUUCCUCUUCUUCAGCUCCAUUAAUCACUACACCAGAAUUUACCGCUUCUUCGUUCGAGAAAAACUCCCCUUUCCUCAAUGGUGAACAUCAAUCCCCACCUUCAGGUUCGACAUCGAGCACGCCACAUUCGAAAGGAGAAGCUACACCCAAAGCGGAAAGACCACCUCCAAUAUGGCCACUCGCUUCGACUUCAGCCAACGUAAAAAGGAGCGAUUAUUGUGCUGAACCUCUUACGAUGUCUACAACAGACAAGGAGGGUGAACAAGUACCGUCGACAGUCAGGAAACCAUCCAUAAAAAGAAAUGGGAGUUGGAGGAGAAAACAUGCUAGUCUGGAUACACCUCCCACUGCACCUCACUUGGAUCCUGGAUUCCCUGGAUUUACAGCUCUCAGUCGUACCUCUCCUCUUUCCUCUCCAAUCUCUCCUGCUCAUUCACUAUCAGUCGCUCCUUCUACACAGCCCAUACCUGAAGGACGGCUCGCACCACCUACCGAUUCCACUCCACCCGAUGUAAGAAGAUCAUCAGGCGAAUCUUUUCGGUCGACCGGAAGUGGAAACAGUAUGAGCGCACAAUCACCUGUCACUGGAUGUGAGAUAUCUGCUCCUAAACCACCACCUGCAGGAUAUCCUUUGCCUUCAUUGGGAAUGUCUGGAAGAAGAUUCUCCGUACCCGAACGAUUCUUAUCUCCCUCUUCAACAUCAACGCGUACAAAUACAAGUAUUGCUUCGUCAUCGUCCUCUUCUUCCUCAAAACAAAGCGUCAAAUCGUCGACUUCAGUUCCGCCUCCUCCACCAAGAUGGGCUUGUCCGCCUACGAAGACCAAUGCAGUGUCUGGACGCGCUUUGUCUUUCGGUUCAAGUCAAGAUAAACCUGAUGUCAGUUUUGACGAUUUCGAUCCGGAAUUAUUUGAAGGACGAGAGAAUGAGUGGAUCGAGAUCAUCAAAGGUGCAGAAGGUAGAAUAGCUAUCAAAAGUACAGAAAAGGCCUACGAUAUAAUGGUCUGGUUACCUGGUUUCUCCCUCGACAACAUCACUAUCGCUACAAGGGGCCAUAGAACCGUUCACAUCGUUGCUGAUCAAUGGGAUGAAGGAGAUCACGCUCAAUGGGAUAUCAAAUUGGGCGAAGAUGCCAACCUUAAAUCUGUUAACGCCAAGUUUACAGGUAAAGAGCUUCGAGUAACAGUCGCUCGUGAACAAAGAUAUACCAACCCACGACUCCUUCGACUGCAUUCUGAACGACCACCACUCAGCUCCACGUUCUCUUCACCUAGCAUCACUGCUACUUCUGAGUCUAGCCCUCUGGAUCGAGCUGCAGCUCCUCGAUGA